AUGUUGUCUAAUGCACCGCCAGGCGACGGUGAUGCCCACUCCGCUGACCACAGCACCAGGGAAGAAGCACGGGAGAUCCCUCAUACACCCUCACGUGCACCUCCUGUAGAAAAGACACCAACAGAGGCAUCCGCCACUACCACUGCGUCGCCAUCCUCACCACUACAAGGACCUUCUCUCAUCAUCUCCACGACACCAACGCCACCGCUGGCGGCACAGGACCCACUGGCGGCACGCAGACCCGCACCGCAUGUGUCGCCGACGCUGGCCAGUGUAACUGAUGCGAUUACUGAUGCUGGAGCUUUGGCUGCCCUCAUGGUCACGGCGGAUACCGUAGCGAACCCAAUAGCACGACCGUCUUGCGAAAUCCACACGAGCAACAGUACACCAGUCCGGUGUUCUCAAAUCUCUGCUCGAGCCCAAAAAGCGCGAACGACAGCGCUCGUGUCACCGCAACCCGUGCUGCUGCGCAACCCCUACAGCAGCGAUCGGCCGUGCCGUUGCGCUUACCAACACGGGCCAACCUCAUCAUCGCACGCUGACGUGGAGGCGCUGCUGUCACGGCAAAAUGCUGUGCUGUACGACGCGUGCGCCACGCGGCUGCGAGUGGUGCGGCAGGAGCGCCGCGUGCUAACCACAACGUUGGAGGCCUCGAAGAAGCGACUUGAAGGAGUGAAGGUACUCCUUGAUGCGUGGAGUGAGAAACCUCGACAACCGCCCGCUACAGCACAGACAGAGCAAGCGGAGAAGGCUGGAGAAGUCCGGGAGCCGCAGUCAGGCAACUCGCCGAGGACGCAGGAAACAGAGAAGAUGGUGCGUCAGCUUCGAGCGUUGGACAGGGCGAACGACGAGCUUCGUCGACACUACGAGGCGCUGGAGCGAGAGAAAAAGCACUGCUUGACGGUUCACAAAGCACGACUGCGGCGGGUGCUGACCGCCGCAGCACCUUCCUCGACAACAUCGCGCCGACCCUCUGCUGCAGCCGUGUGUGAUGAGUCCAGAGACUCCACCCGUAGCGCCACCUUCGCACGCGAUGCACAGACGCUUGACACUCGUCUCACCGUUGCCAUGGCGCAGCAACAAGCACUGCGACAGGAACUUGAACUGGUCAUGGCAAAGGAGCGCGGACGCAUGAAGGCACUCACUGAUCUGCAAGCACGCGGCUUUGCCUCUGUGCAUGCACCCGACCAGAACGGUAGCGCCAUCACUACAGCCUUACGCAAAGCGGCCGCCUGA